GAGGCAUGAGCCAAACAAUUUUGGGAACCCCUCCCUUAGACUAUAUUUUAUUAAUUUAAUAAGUGACCUAAGGCCAAAGAUGAGUACCUAUUCAUAUGGACUUAAAGUUGUUAUCUUAAUUUAGACGUGUAAGUAAAUUUGCUGAUUCACCAAUCAUGCUCGCCUCCUUUUUUCUGCAAUAACGCAGUUAGUCAAAACCUGGUUUUCGGAUUUUUUUUAAAUAUUUUACAAGGUGAUGACACGAAAAAAAAAAAAAAAAAGCACACAUUAUUGUAAAAUCAAUACAUUCAUCACUCCGCUCAGAAUCUAAAAGAACAAGGAAUUUUGCGUAUUGUACAGUUGUGCGUAUUAUUGCUGUCAGAUCGACAUAAUAUUAUGGAAUCAAAGUCAUGUAGACAGAAAAAUGCUAUGAUUUCUUUAUCAAAACCAAAAUAUAAAACAGCUUUACCAGAAAAACAGAAUACCUGGGGUAACCUAUUAAAUAAGAAAUCAGUCGGUACUAAUACAGCAAUAACUUCCAAAAUUAAACCUAAAAAAUAUUCCUCUAUUCCUGAGAUGAAUACUAAAACAAUGACCAAGAGUGUACAGUGUAGUGAUUCACCUAUUGAUAAAGAAUGCAAAAGUUCUAACUCACUUUCUGUAUUCAAUCCAAUCAGAACAUUACAAUUUCUACUAAAGGAAAUUAUGGAGUAUCCAGGUGUUAAAAAUGGAGACAUUGCAAAAAUUGUUGAUGAAAUGCAAGUGGUUGUAGAAAGAAUUGUUGAUGAAUGUGCUGAAAAUUUGCCUAGCCCUAAAAUAAAUAAUAUCCCAGUUAUGAAUUACAAUUCUAUGGUUCCAACAAGAGAUAAUGAUUAUUGUAAAGAUUUAAAAUAUGAUAACAGUUCUCAAGAAAAUAAAUAUUUGUCCGUACUGCUAGGGAAAAUAUCAGAACUUGAAAAUCAUUAUAGUCAGUUGACAAAAGAUAACACUAAAUGUAAAGAAAAACUACAGUGUGUGACAUCUGAAAGGGAUAGUUUACUUGAGAAAUAUAAAGAAUCAUGCAAUUCAUUGGAAAAGUUGAAUAAUCGCGAGCGUGAAUAUUUAGAUACAAUCACAGAACUUAAAUCUAAACUUAUAGCUUCAGAUAAAUUGAUUAGAAACCAGGAAAUCAUUAUUACAAGUUUAAAUAAAAGAUUGAAUAAUUUACCAAAUAAAAACAAAGUUAAGGACAAAGUGAAUGGAAAUAUUCAAACUGAACAUAAUAAUACUUACCAAACAAUACUAAAAGAAAAUAAUGAAUUCAACAAAAUUACAAAAUCAGAUCUGGAGAAAUUAGCUAUUACCAGAAGUCUCAAAGAUAAUGAAGUCUCCAAGCUUAGAUCAGAUAUAAAACAAAUGAAGCAAAUUGUAUUAACUGGAUUAGAAAAUAAAGAUAUUAAAUCUGUGUCAAUGACAUCAUUGAAAUCAGAAGGCGACCUAAUAAAAGAUUUUCCUAAGUAUGGUGAUAAAAGUUACGUAGAACAUGAUAUCGAUACAAAAUAUAUUGCGUAUAACAGAGAAGCAUCAGCCAUAAAAUUAGCUAAGACAGAACUUCAACAGUUAUUUGAAACAAUUAAAAAACAAACUCAUAAUUCAAAAAAACUUUUUAAUUCCACUUUUGUUGAUAACGAAAAGGUUUUAAGUGAUAUUUCUGAUGAAGAGGAAAACUCAAAUGUAUCAAACUUUAUGAGUGUAGUGACUCAUUCAAGUUGUUAAUUAUUGUAUGCACUUGGAAAAGAUUUUUAAUUGUAUUAUUAAAUUAUUUUAGAAUGUAAAUAUAGAUAUAAAUAUACAUAAAAAAUAAAUUGUAUUUAAUUAUGUA